AUGAUUGAUAUAUUUGAGAAGAAUAGUUUUGAUAAUAUAGAUGGUGGUGUAUGGAAACAGGGCUGGCCUAUAACUUAUGAUGAUUCACAAUGGAAUAACAGGAAACUGAAAGUAUUUUUAAUACCCCAUUCACAUACAGAUCCAGGAUGGUUGAAGACAUUUCUAGAUUACUACAGACAACAAACAAAACUUAUUUUUGAGAAUAUGGUACCAAAAUUAGAGGAAGAUGGCAGAAGGAAGUUUAUGUAUGCUGAAAUGUCUUUUUUCUCUCUAUGGUGGGAUGAAAUAGAUGACAGUAAAAAGGCCAGAGUUAAAAAAUUGAUACAGAAAGGUCAGUUAGAGAUAAUUACUGGAGGAUGGGUUAUGACUGAUGAAGCUAAUUCACAUUAUUUUGCUAUGAUAGAUCAACUUAUUGAAGGUCAUCAAUGGCUCAAUGGAACUCUAGGUGUUAAACCUAAAGCUGGGUGGUCCAUUGAUCCUUUUGGUUAUUCUUCAACAAUGGCGUAUAUACUGCGGGAAGCUGAUUUUAGUAAUAUGUUAAUACAACGUGUUCAUUAUUCUAUUAAAAAAUACCUAGCUAAAGAGAAGUCUCUGGAGUUUAUGUGGAGACAACAAUGGGAUCAAGAAGGUUCCACAGAUAUUCUUUGUCACUUGAUGCCAUUUUAUUCUUACGAUGCUCCUCAUAGUUGUGGUCCUGAUCCUAAGAUAUGUUGUCAGUUUGACUUUAUGCGGUUACCAAAUAAUAAAUAUAGAUGUCCCUGGAAGUUGAAUCCUGUAGCAAUAACCGAUAACAAUGUAGGCGAGAGGGUGAACUUAUUAAUAGACCAGUAUAAGAAGAAAGCUCAACUAUACAGAUCAGAUGUAUUAUUAGUACCAUUAGGUGAUGAUUUCCGCUAUGAUACACCAACUGAAUGGGAUUUACAGUUCAAUAAUUAUCAGAAAAUGAUAGAUUAUCUUAAUGUUCAUCCUGAAUUAAAAACAGAGCUUCAGUUUGGAACAUUAUCAGAUUAUUUUGCUGCUGUUUAUGAAAGAAAUAAUGUAGAUGAAGGUGGUAGACCACAAGUACCAACAUUAAGUGGUGAUUUUUUCUCCUAUGCUGAUAGAGAAGAUAAUUAUUGGAGUGGUUAUUAUACUUCUAGACCAUUCUAUAAACAUCUAGAUAGAGUUACAGAGUAUCAUCUCCGAUCAGCUGAAGUAAUAUUUACAACAGCACUGGCUUAUGCUAAAAACAAUAUGGCUGCAAAUUUCCCAUCAGCAACCUUCAUGCAAUAUCUAGUAGAGGCACGUAGAAAUCUGGGUUUAUUUCAACAUCAUGAUGGUAUUACUGGUACUUCUAAAGAAUUUGUUGUUGUGGAUUAUGGUAAAAGAUUAGUUCAAAGCAUCAACAAUUUAAAAAGAUUGAUAGCUGAAUGUUCUACCUUUUUAUCUAUAAAAGAUAAAGUUAAAUAUGAUUUUAAACCAAAAUCUCACUUCUUUAACCUGGAUGAGAUAAGAGAUGAUCAUGACUCUCUGCCUAUAAAAACAGUCCUAGAAGUUUCUAAAGAACCAAGUCCUGUACUGAUGUACAACUCAUUAAGUCAUAAAAGAAUUAAUAUAGUAAAAGUCUAUGUAACCUCACCAUAUAUAGAAGUAACAGAUCCCAGUGGUAAUGUCAUAGUCUCACAAAUAGAUCCCUUCUUUACUGAUAAAGAAGUCAUUGAUGAUAGAAAAUAUAAGGUAUCAUUUAUAGCAGAAGUACCAGCUUUAGGUGUGAGUUGUUAUCAUAUUAAACAGGUUGAAGAGAAUGCGAACCCUCUCAAUUACUUAUCAGUUGUAACAGUUUACCAUUCAACCUCUCAACAGACUGAUGAAAAACAUAUAAAAUAUUUUCUAGAAGAAUUCAGUAUUGAAAAUGAUUAUUUAAAAGUCACCUUUUCAAAAUCUACAUCAUUGAUAACUUCUAUAUAUGAUAAAGAUGAAGAAGUUGAACAUCAAACUAAAGUAGAAUUUGUAGAAUAUACCACAAGACGUACUGGUGAUAAAUCUGGUGCCUAUUUAUUUUUACCAGAAGGUGAAGCAAAGGUAAUGUUAUAUAGAUUGCCACCAUUAACAAGAAUAAUAAGAGGACCAAUAGCAUCAGAAGUCAAUGUAUUUGUACCAUCAUCAGUUCAAGUUCAUGUUGUACGCCUUCUCAAUUCACCAGGUAGUGAUGGUAGAUCUGUUGAUAUAUAUAAUAUAGUUGAUAUAAGAAAUGAGAUUGAUAAAGAGAUAGCUGUUAGAGUUACUACUGAUAUUAAUAAUGAAGAUAGAAUAUUUUAUACUGAUCUCAAUGGCUAUCAGAUGUCAAGAAGAAAGACGUAUGAUAAAUUACCACUACAAGCUAAUGUUUAUCCUAUGCCUGCUAUGAUGUAUAUAGAAGAUGACAAGACAAGAUUCACAAUAAUAUCAGCUCAAUCAUUGGGUUGUUCUAGCCUUAAAACAGGUGUAAUGGAAGUUAUAAUGGAUAGAAGAUUAGCCCAUGAUGAUAAUAGAGGAUUAGGAGAAGGAGUAAAAGAUAAUAAAGCCACACCAAAUAAAUUUAGAUUUUUAAUAGAAAAACGCAAAGCAAAUAAACCAGUGAGUAUUCAAAAACCUACAGAUUUAGGGUUUCCGUCCUUAUUAGCUCACCAUAGCUAUGCUCACCUUAUAUCUCCAUUAUUUAUCUUUCCUAAAACAUCAGACUCGAUACCAGUUAUUUUAACACCAACUUUUACACCAUUAAUACAAGAUUUACCCUGUGAAAUCUACCUUCUAAACUUAAGAACUAUGCAAAAUAAAGAUGACAGUCCCGAUUUAAAAUUUGUACCUAAAAAUACAGCCGCUAUGAUAUUACAACAAUAUGGUUUUGAUUGUGGAUAUCCAGCUAAAAGUUUAACUUGUAAUACUAAUGGCGGUCAGGUGACGUUUGCUAAAAUAUUCAAAGAUAUAGUGGUUAAAGAGGUGAAGUCGAUGUCAUUAACUUUAAUGUAUGAACGUGAAAAAUUAGAUUUGGAGACUCAAAUUUCAAUCAAACCAAUGGAGAUCAAUACAUUUAGAAUAACAUUCCAAUCAACAUCCAACUAAAACAUCAUUUUAUUUAUUCUCUUAUCAUAAUCAGUCAUUUAAUUGGAGAUUUCAAAAUGUUUUGAGCCUUCACAAUUUAAAAUAGAUAGAAUACACAAUAUUCUCCACAAUGUUUUUUGAUAUCAUAAAGUCUUUGUUAUUACCUAACUAAUCAAUGCCAGUUUUCUUGCAAUGGAUUCACGUCUUAUAAAUGGAUUUCUCUAAUGUUCAGACAUUUAUCAAAGGGGC